AUGGCAGUGCACGACCACGGCCUCCUGCUGCUGCUGCUGCUUGGCCUGGCUGCACUGGCCCACCCGCCUCCCGUUGCUGCCCAGCCACCGCCUGCUGCCCUCCGUGCCGGCCACACUGUCACCUCGCUGCCCGCCGCUGCUGCUGCGCCACGCACCCGAUACCUUUUGUAUGACGUAAAUCCUCCUGAAGGGUUCAACCUUCGCAGAGAUGUCUAUAUUCGUAUCGCUUCACUUCUAAAGACUUUGCUGAAAAGUGAAAAUUGGGUGUUAGUUCUGCCUCCUUGGGGACGUCUUUAUCACUGGCAGAGCCCAGACAUUCUUCAGGUUCGAAUCCCUUGGUCUGAGUUUUUUGAUAUCCCAAGCCUCAAUAGGAACAUCCCUGUCAUUGAAUAUGAGCAAUUCCUUGCAGAGUCAGGUGGGCCCUUUAUUGAACAAAUUUAUGUCCUGCAAAGCUACGCAGAAGGAUGGAAAGAAGGAACAUGGGAGGAAAAAAUAGAUGAGAGGCCUUGCAUUGAUCAGCUUAUGUAUUCCAAAGACAAGUAUGAGUACUACAGGGGAUGGUUCUGGGGUUAUGAAGAAACACGGGGCCUAAAUGUGUCUUGCUUGUCUGUCCAAGGAUCUGCCUCUAUUGUGGCUCCCAUCCUUUUGAAAAAUACCUCAGCACAGUCAGUGAUGUUAGACAGAGCUGAAAACCUUCUUCAUGACCACUAUGGAGGGAAAGAUUAUUGGAACACCCGUCGAAGUAUGGUGUUCGCUAAACACCUGCGUGUAGUGGGAGAUGAGUUUAGAAACAAGUAUCUUCAAUCCACAGAUAAGGCAGACAGGACUCAUUACAAUGAGGACUGGACACAGAUGAAGGUCAAGAUGGGCACAGCUCUAGGUGGUCCAUACCUUGGGGUUCAUCUCAGAAGGAAAGACUUCAUCUGGGGUCACAGAGAAGAUGUGCCUUCGCUGCAAGGAGCAGUAAAGAAAAUCCGCAGCCUCUUGGAAGCGUAUAAACUUGAAAAAGUUUUCAUAGCCACUGAUGCUGUUGAGGAAGAGAUUGAAUUGCUCAAGAAACUGCUGCCUGAGAUGGUGAGGUUUGAACCUAGCUGGAAGGAGCUAGAACUCUACAAAGAUGGGGGGAUGGCUGUGAUUGACCAGUGGAUCUGUGCACAUGCAAGGUAUUUUAUAGGCACCUCAGUUUCAACAUUUUCCUUCCGGAUCCAUGAAGAAAGGGAGAUCUUGGGAUUUGAUCCAAAAACAACUUACAACCGAUUUUGCGGUAAAAAAGAGAAAAACUGUGAGCAGCCAACUCACUGGAAAAUUGUGUACUAAUAUAUAGAGAAAUUCAAGGACUUUAAUACUCUGGUGAGCUCAAGAGAAUGAGGAAAGACUACAUGCCUUUUACCAAACUACAACUCAGUCCUCUCCCCUCUUCUCUGUGUUUACUUGACAUCUGCGUUUUGAAGCACAAGCAAUAUUCAUCCUUUUAUCCAGACACUGAUGUGAGCAAGGAAAAUGAAGUCAGCCUGGGAUUCAGUUCUCAGCGUAACUAUGAUUACAGAUGAUACCAUGCACUACAAUUAAGAUUUGAAGGCAGAACUUUGUGCUGAAGCUGAGUAAUGAAUCAAGUCAAAGUUCUCUUCGGAGUUCUUAGGGAAGGAGAGGAUCAAAGCUUAACUUCUAUACAUGUAACACAGCUGUGGUCCGUACUCCAUUUCUGUCUUUACCUGAUUGGUUUUUGUUCAGUGUUUGCCUCUCUGCAAGAAGUAUAGCUCAUUUUUGUAAGCUGCACUGUGUGAGUUGCAGAUUGUGCAUAAACUCUGCAGUUCCUUAGGAAAAUCUUCCCUUUUCAACUAGUAAGUUGUGAAUAUUCAAAUUGUCUGAUGCAGUCAAUGCUCAGUAAAAAGAAGAGGGUGUGAUAACUUCUGUGUGAGCGCUAUGCUGCGAGAAGCAUAGCUUCACGUAGCAGUCUCAGUGGGUCUGUGCUGAGAGAGGCACAAAGACUGGUUUUGGAGGGUGGUAAAAUAAGUGUUGUUUCUUAUGCUUUUUCUUCACAGAGGAAGCUUUUCCAUAUUGUCCUCUGAAGGGUGUAUUCAGUUGGACUGAUGCAAAUGUCAGUACCUUUUGGGCAUCACUCAGCUAAGUGACCAUGAUACUUUGCCAGGGAACAUGCUAAAAGACCUUUCAAGUUUUCGUAUCACUUAAAUAGAUCAUCCCAGUAGUUCAUCAAAUGAAUGUUCUGAGUUUCUGCUUUCAGUUUUCAGAAGGGAGCAAAUUGAAGAAAAUUAAAAACAACAAAGGCCACUGGGCCACAAAAUAAUGUGUAUAAGCUGAGCAGUUAGGUACCUUGCAGGUGAUAGUGCACUCCAAUGGAGACAGCUGGCUGGUAGUACAUGGGAGGAGCACUGUGCUACACCACUAGCCAGAGGGAAAGUGCAGCUCCUCUUUGAGAAAUGCUUUUUAAGUAGAAAUUCUAGUUUUUGCAGUCUCCUGCCAUUCAGAUUUGACUGCUAGGAAGUAUUCUCCAUUUUGUGCUUCAGAUGGGUCUUUUGACCUGCAGACGCACAUGGCUCUGUAAAGCAGGAGAAACUUUUUUUCAAAAAUGGACCUGGAGAGAGGUUUCAAGAGGUGAGUCAGAUGUUUUUCCUAAAUUCAGUUUUACUAGGUUGCCUCCCCGUUAGUAGACCCUUCACUUUCUUUUUCCCUUGGCUUGAGCAGGAGCACAGAUAUAACCCUCCUGCACUGUGCUUAGGAUGUUUCAUAGAUGCUUCCAGACAAUGAGGUUGUUUCCUUCUGUGCAACUGCAGUGAAAACUGUGAAGACUUCUCAGACAGUAGUAGCAACAGAUACCCUGUUCUUACCAGCUGUUUAUUUAUCUCCUUGUUGCAGCUGAGUCUCUCUGGUGACAAAGUGGGGAACCCAACUAAAAGCAGUGCCUUUGCCCACCAAGUCAAAUGUUCUCGUUUAGCCUGUUUGCCAUAUAAAGCAAUGGUAACAUCUUACAUGUAAGGAGUACCUCCGUUCGUUGAGGAAAAAAUAAAAAGCUUUCUAGCAUUUUA